UAAGAUUCCAUGAUUAAACGUUAACUAUGCUAAGUCCUGCAUUAGCUAAAAUUGUGUUCGCAUCUGCGGCAUUCAGCCUGGCAAUCUUCACGAAUUUGCUGAGUAAUGUGACCGGGCAUUUCUAUAAGCUGAAGUAUAGCUUUUCCGAAGAGGUCAAUAUCGAGCAAAAAGUGACUGAAUUUCUUAACGAAAAGAAUGACGUGUUUUAUCAUGCUGCAGUUGCUUCAAGUCAGCUUGAGUGUUCUAUCGUUGGAAAAGACAUUCUAAAAGCAGGUGGCAAUGCAGUCGAUGCCUCAAUUGCAUCAACACUCUGUGAAGGUGUUGUUGAACCUUAUCAUUCCGGAAUUGGUGGAGGAGCAAUUAUGGUAAUUUACAAUCACACAACAAAGUCAACAACAACCAUAUUAUCUAGAGAGAAAGCACCGUCAGCUGCCACCAGCGAUAUGUUUGUCGGGAUUGAGAAUCCCAAAAGAGGUGCAAAGCUUAUCGCAGUACCAGGUCAACUAAGAGGCUUAGAAUAUGCCUACAAGAAAUACGGUGGAAAGAUAUCUUGGACUUCUCUUUUCCAACCCGCCAUUGAUAAAGCUAAAAAUGGAUUUACAGUAAGCGGAGAAUUAGCGAUUAUGCUGGAAACGCUUUACAAAGAUGUCGUAGCAUGGGAACUAGAUUCGUUGUUUUGUGAUAUUUAUUGCAAUGAAGAUAAAACUGGGAUGAAGCAGGAAGGCGAUACUGUAAAAAAUCCUCUGCUUGCUGAAACGUUGACAAAAAUUCAGCAAUAUGGAGUAGACGUAUUUUACAAUGGUGAAAUAUCAGAUCAAAUAAUUGAUGAAAUUCGGGGUCAAGGAGGUAUCAUAACCAAGAAAGAUUUGUUGGAUUAUGAUGUCAUUGAAAAGCCAUCAAUAAAAAUCCCACUUCCAAAUGCGGGUUACACAAUGCACGCAUCCCCAUUACCUAUGGGAGGUCCGGUGUUAGGAGCGAUACUAUCUGUCAUGGACCUUUUUGGCAUCACUCCACAAGACUACCAGAGCAAUGCAACAAUUCAAUGGCAAAGAACAAUAGAAUCAUUCCGACAUGCUUAUGGAGCACGGUAUAGCAUGGGUGACCCGAUCUUUGCUCCUCAAGCCCAGAUUAUAGAAGAUAAAAUAGUAUCUGGAGACUUCGCAAAGGAGACUAUAAGUAAAAUAUUCAGUGAUAGAACUUUUCAUGAUCCUGCUUAUUACGGCGCAAAAUUUAUGAAACCUACAGAAUCAUCUACUUCACAUUUAUCAGUACUUGAUCAAAAUAAAAAUGCUGUUGCAAUCACAUCCACCAUUGCCUACUCAUGGGGGUCGUAUGUAAUAUCACCAUCAACUGGAGUUAUUUUUAACGAUAUUAUGACGGAUUUUUCAUUUCCAACUGGAGAUCCUGCUCACGACUCUGAGCUAUAUGCAGAAAACCAAAUAGAAGGCGGAAAACGUCCCUUAUCAUCCAUGACUCCAGCGAUAUUACUAGAUAAUAACCAACAACCAGUAUUCGUCAUCGGAGGAGCUGGUGGAUUGAGGAUUCCAACAUCUGUUGCACAAGUAUUACUCAGGUUAUUAUACUUGGGUUCCGAUGAAGACAUCACGUCUGCAAUUAAAGAAAAAAGACUGCACGACAGUUUGAUACCGGAUUACAUGGAAUAUGAAGGCGGUUUCGUUCCAGGAGUAGUGGAAAAAUUACGGAAAAUCGGACAUAAUAUUAAAACGAUGAUUGCAAAACCCCGCGUUAACGGAAUCCAAAUUAUAAAAUCUCAAAUCAAUGCAUAUUCGGACCUAAGAGACAAGGGAGCUGGAGCAAGUGGAUGGUGAAAAAGACAAUGCAAAAGUAUCAUGACAUAGAGUGCCAUAUCUGACUCAAAAAUAAAUUGAAACUAUCAAGCCUUUCCUCUGCAUUUCUUAGAUUUUAAAUACCUGAAUUAUACAUGAGUAUCAA